ACAGACACUCUUUCCCUCACUGGAUUGCUGGUCGGUCUCUUUCCUUUCUUCACCAUGAGGUGGUACCACCUGUUUCUCCUCUGUGUGCUCUCAGCUUCUUGUACGAGGGCCGAAGUACAAGAUGAAAAUAAAAAUGUUACAUCUGCGGAGUCUGCAGAGACAUCGAGCGAAGAACAAACAUCGGAUGAAAUCACAGAAGAAGACAAUAUUUUAGUCCUCAACAAAAAGAACUUUGACAAAGCCCUUCAAGAUUAUCCGUUCCUCCUGGUUGAAUUUUAUGCUCCUUGGUGUGGCCAUUGUCAAGAACUGGCGCCAAAGUAUGCCAAAGCUGCAGAAAUAUUGAAAAACCGUACAACGCACGCCAGGCUGGCAAAGGUGGACUCAACAGAGGAGCAAGAUCUGGCCAAAGAGUUUAAUGUAAACGGUUACCCCACUAUCAAGUUUUUCAAGGGUGGAAACCGAACCGACCACAUUGACUUUGGAGGUAGGAGAGAUGUUGAUGGCAUUGUGAAAUGGAUGCUGAGAAGACUUGGACCUUUGGCCACUCUACUUGUUGACGUUGCUGUUGCAGAGAGAUUCGCCAAUGCCAAUGAAUUAACAGUUAUUGCCUUCCUUCAGGACCCAGAUGACUCAGAUGUAAAACUUUAUCAUGAAGUAACAGAAAAUGCUGAAGAUUUUAACUUUGCCUACACUCACAAAGAAGACAUAUUUAAGAAAUUUGGGGUAACAAAGGACACCGUCAUCUUUUUCAAAAAUUCUGAAGAAAAAUAUCAAUAUGAGGUGGACGAAGAAGUUGGGUUGGACAAAGACGAACUCACGAGGUUCCUCAUGCUUAACAGUAUGGAUCUAGUAACAGAAUACAAUGAAUCGACGUCAGAAAGAAUUUUUGCUGCCAAAAUUCCAAAUCACUUGCUGCUCUUUAUCAAUAAAACUGAAGAAUACCAGCUGGAACUGCUCGAGAACUUCCGAAAUGCUGCCCCAGAAUAUAAAGGAAAGUUACUUUUCAUUUUAGUGGAUUCUAACGGCCCACAUGCCGGAGUUCUACAGUAUUUUGGGAUCAACAGCACAGAUGUCCCGACAAUCCGACUUAUCAACAUCGACUUGGUGAAGAAGUAUGCGUUCGGUGAAAAGAAGAUCACCACAGAAGCUGUCAAGAACUUUGUGGAUGGUGUUCUGGCAGGCAAGAUAAAGCAAAACCUCCUGAGUGAAGAAAUUCCUGAAGAUUGGGAUAAAAAACCCGUUAAGGUUCUUGUCGGCAAGAACUUCGAUGACAUUGCUUAUGACGAAACAAAGAAUGUGUUUGUAGAAUUUUAUGCACCAUGGUGCUCACACUGCAAGGAGCUGGAGCCGAUCUGGGAGGAACUUGCCGAAAAAUACAAAGAUCACGAGAAUGUUAUCAUUGCUAAGAUAGACGGCACAGCAAAUGAAAUUGAUGGGCUCAGAGUACGGGGCUAUCCAAACCUAAGGUUCUUUCCUGCUGGCCCAGAACACAAGAUGAUUGAAUACACUAAAGACAGGACAGUUGAGCUGUUUUCCGCCUUUAUUGACAGCGGUGGUGUUUUACCCAAAGACGAAGCCACAGAGGAACCACAAGGUGGCGAUACAAAGGAUACCAAACAGCAAGAAAACGCAGAUGAUGGUGGUGAGAAAGCAAAAGAUGAACUAUAAGGGACAGUUAAUACAUCACAAAUCAAGAAAUGAAGAAAAAGGUUCAUUGAGAUCCACGUAUCGAAUGGUGGAUAGCAGAAUGUGGAGAUACAUGUCGUGAACAAUAAUAUUCGAGGUCUUGGUUCAUUGUUUCAAAUUAAUUGAUACAAAAAUAUGCCUUUACAAUGUUUUACUUUUCCAAACUAAAUAAAAAAAAGGUCAAAAUUGUUCCAAUGUGA